AUGUUCGAUCUUGUUGCGUUUGAGGGGCGAGGAGCGGAUCUCAUUCGAUCUCUUCUCGUUAAGGAUGAUAGGAAUCAGAUCGGAAGUCUGAUUUUAUCCGGCCCAUGUCUGAUUCCAUUGGAUUCAGAUCGUGAUUUUUGUGAGGAUUUUAUGGAGUCUUCGGAUUUCUAUGAUUCGGUCUGGUUUUUUCUGAAUACCCAUAUCUGGGGGAUUGAAGAAAUAGAGAUUGAGGAUAUGGUUUUGCUAUCGGGUAGGGAUUUGUGGGUGUUAUUGGCGGUGAUCUCAAUCGGGGAUUCGAAUGAGGUGUUUUUAAGAUCUUCUUUCUCUGUUUGGUUGGGAUGGGGAUGGGGUGGAUCUUUUUCACUUGAUUUGCGUAGGUUUGGUUCUUCAUUGCUAGAUUCGGGAUUUUGCAAGGAUCAUCUAGCCUUCGUUUGGUCGAUUCUGAUGGAUUUGUUGGUUGGUGGAAUUAUGUUUCUGGUUUUGGUUAUGUGUUAUGAAGCUGGAUUCCAAUGUCGUCUGAUCUGGCUGGUUGGUGCAUUAAUGUUAAGAUUGGAUAUGAUCUGGUCAGUGGCUGGAAUAUCUUUGCCUCGAUUUGAUUUUCUUCAUGGGGUAAUAGUGGCCGCUGAGAGAGUUAUGGCUCAGCUGGCAUUUAGUAAGUCUAAGGCAUCGUUGGUUCGUACUGAUACAGUGUCAAUCUCCAACUCCGUCUUGGCUCAGAGAAUUCAGCAGUUCUCAAAGACACUUAUCGGAAGGCUGAUGAACUCGGUGUGUCAGAGUAUGGAUUCUUUGUUAGCUAAUUUUCCAAAAAUCUGGAAAUUAGAGGAGAAAGUGGUAGGAGCUGAUCUCGGACAGGGGGUUUUCCAGUUCAACUUUGAGGAAGAAGAGGAUAUCUUGUCAGUCUUGCAGAAUGGUCCAUACCAUUUUGAUGGUUGGAUGGUAUCGCUUGUCCGAUGGGAGCCAAUCAUCUCCUCAUCUUAUCCUUCAGCUGUUAAUUUCUGGGUGAAAGUGGCAGGGAUUCCCAUGCAUUUAUGGGAGGUUGCUACUCUCGAAGCUAUUGGUAAGAAACUAGGGAGAAUUCAAGAGGUAGAUGAAGAAACGGGUAGUCUUUGUGUUUCAGUCAAUGGUUUCAAUCCAUUGAUCUUUAAAAUGGUGGUCCCCUUUGCAACCGGUGAUGAGAUUAUGGUCUCACUUGAGUAUGAGAAGCUGAAUGGGGUUUGUGAUCACUGUUUCCGGAUUACACAUGCCUCAAAUGUUUGCCCAGAGGUCCUUAAGGUGAAUUCAGUUCAAGGUGCGGAGGCGAAGAGGGAUAAUAGGGGUGGUCAAAGGCAAGUUCCAGUAGUGAAGCAAGAGCAGCAACACAAUGUUGGGGGUUGGGAAAAGCCCAGGAAGCAUGCUAAGAGGGCUUUAGAUUUUUACUCUGUGGAGUCUAGCGAGCAUGGAUAUUUUCCUCAACAACGGUUUGGUGGAAACGGUCCUCAUGGUUCUGGUUCUCACGGUCCUCGUCAUCAAGAUCGUUUUUACGGCCAGGUUUGGGGGCAGAAGAGGAGUUUUGGUGAGGCUUCAGGUCGUGAAGAAGGGUUUCGUCAGGGUUCGCAACCAGGGCUUGGGGAAGUUUCGGGUAAGGCUUCCGGUUUCUCUCUAAACAGAAAGGGUAAAGGUCCGGCUUGGCCCAAACCUCUAUUUCCGGUGAAGCAGACUGCUUUUGAGAAGCAAGGUUCGAUGCAGUUGGUUAACAUUGGGGGAGAUUCUAGUUUUAGCGAUCCUCACGUUGUCAAGGAUGGCGAGGGUGCUUUCUUAGCUAUGGAUUUUGCUGUUGAUAAUGAUGAUCUGCUUGAGGAUGGUGAGUUUGGUGAUAUUAGCAAGUCUGAUCACAAUACGGUCCAGGAGGGGGUUUCUUCUGCAACUCAGGGUGUUAUGGGCCUUACGGAUCAAGGGCAUGAAAUUCAAGAUGAUCACGUUACAGAUCCUCAGGGCGAUUCUGCCAAUGAUCCUCAAGGUGAUGGGAAUAAACAGAAGCAGGCGGGAAAACAGGGUAAUAAUACAGCGGGCGGUAUACCUUCGGAUGGGGGACGUCUCGGUAAGAAAGGGAUGGGGGCUCUCCCGAAACCGUCGGCUAGAACGUGAAGAUUCUAAGUUGGAACUGUCAGAGCAUAGGGGUGGAUCUGACAGAAGGAUAUUUGGGAGACUUGUGGAAGCAGCA